CCGUGUGCUUCAAGCCUUUCUACUAGAGUUGCCUGCUGGAUUCGGAGACCCAACCCAAGACUAGUUCAGGUCCUAGUCUUUUUUGUGGGGGUUGGGUCUGAUCGGACCCAGGAGGGGCAUAUGCCCUUUCAAUGGGUCGGCAGGUUCGGGUUUGACACCGCAAGUUAGAAUAGGACGGAGUAACAGAAACCAUAACCGAUCACAAAUCUAAUUUCGUCUAGUUGCACCAUGGAAUAGAGAGCGCCACUAUUCUCACUUGCAUCAUUGCACCCACGUGGCAUUCAUUGUUCCAAGACCUUAUUGCUAAGCGGGAGCAAUUGUGAGGGGAUUCACCAGCAUGGUGGGGGAGACGGAAGAGAAAAGUAAAGCGUCUGUUAGAGAAGAGAAGGGGGGAAAACGUGGUCAGAAAUCGAGACCAGGUGUUCCUGAGACUCGGAGUGGGAAAGUGUCACUAUGUGAUUCCUUGGCUGCUGGACGCUUGUUGCAGGGCCUCACUCUUUUUUCCCCUUCCGCAUCUUCGUCUUGUUUCGCCAUCUCAGCACCAUGUGAAGAAAAUGCCCAGGAAAGGAUGGAAGAGAGGUUGGCUUGGAAGGUACCAGAGGCGAUGCAGUGCUCCGCAUGCAACAUUUCUUUUCCCACUCGGGAAGACCAAGUGCAGCAUUACCGCCUGGAUUGGCACCGAUUCAAUCUUAAGCUAUCCCUUUUUGGAAAGCCUGCAAUAUCCGAAGAUGCCUUUGAGGCAAAGCUUGAUGGAGAGCUGUCGAGUAUAUCUGGUUCAGAAGAGAGUGAAGAGGAAGAAGAGAAUAGAGAGUCAUCCCUGCCAUUGCAAAAGAAUAAAGAGGGUAGAGACAGCAUGUUGCCUGGUGGUCAAGGAAAAGUCUGUUUUCAGAACAAGGACGGUCACAUCCUCUGUCUUCAUCGAUGCCUCCUCCAUCCUAAGAAGGCUCCUGUGGAAAGUGAAAGAGACUUGAUAAAUCUUGCGCAGACAGCCACAGAUCGCAUGACAUGGGCCAUCCUCCUCCUCAGUGGGGGACACUUUGCUGGUGCCAUCUUUCGAGGCUCAGAAUGUGUUGCUCACAAGACCUUUCAUGCUUAUACAACAAGAGCAAAGCAAGGUGGGACACAGAGUACAAAGGAUUCCAAGGCCUCAACUCAUUUCCGAUCAGCAGGAGCAUCCCUGCGUCGCUAUAAUGAGGCCUCCCUUAUAGCACACAUCCAAGUACUUCUGAGAAGCUGGAAGGAGGUCUUGGAGGGAUGUGAUCUGGUCUUCUAUCGUGCUGGUGUACAAGGUAACAAGGUGUUCUUUGGAGGAAAGGAUCCUGUGUUGAAGAAGGAGGAUCCUCAUCUUCGCACCCUCCCCGUUGUCAUCCGUCGCCCCACAUUUGCUGAGGUGAAGCGAGUCCAUUGCCUCCUUUCCACUCUAGACUGCCUUGGCCUUGCCAGUGAGGUUACGAAAGUGUGCCAGGAGAAGGGAAAGAAGUCAUCCAGAGCAAGGCAAGUGGAAGCAAGGUCAUCUCCAAAUCGACCCCUUCCAGAAGGGAUCUUGGUCCUUGCCAGGGAGCAAGGACCUUGUGACAUUGAGGAAAGCCUGAAGGGAGACUCUCUCAUUGCCAUGGAGACUGGCACAGCCCUUUCCCAACUUCAACUUGACUUCACUCAUCUUUCUCAUGAUUGUGGAAUAGGGAAGAGCCCUUGGGAGGAAGCUGAUUCAGGGAAUGGAAAGAACACAGAGCAACUGCACACUGCCAAGGGGAAGGACAACAUGGAUGAACUAUAUACAUCUGUGAAGACAAACAAUGGAUAUGCCUUUAGUACCUGCUUGGACUCCAUGGAUGAUGCUAUGCUAGCUGUUAAUGGUGAGGUGGGAGACCCAGAGCGACCUUGUCAUCUGCUUCAUGUUGCCUCUGAUGCUGGGUCCUUGGAAACUCUGAAGUUGCUGUUGGAAGUUGGGGCAGACCCAACCCUCCCAGAUUUCUGGGGCAGGGUCCCAUAUGAUGUGGCCAAGGACAAGGAUACAAGAAAUGUGUUCAGGCGCUUCAUGGCUGCUCAUCCUCUCCGAUAUGACUAUGUGAAGGCCAAGGUUCCCAGUGGUCUGACAAGUGAGAUGGAGGACAAGCAGAGGGAGAAACGGAAAGCUCAACGCACAGCCAAGAAAGAAAUGCAGAAAGAGAAAAAGAAAGGAAAGGAGAAGGAGAAAAGGGAAGGAAAGGAACGAGAUGUCUUUCUCCAACUCCCCUCAUCUGAUAAGGUACAAACUCUGACUUUGUAUCAUCAUUUGCACUGGAAACAUGAUCAUGCUAUAGAUGUUUCUGUGGAUUAG